CCGCCGGGAGCGCCGCUCCGGAGCGGGAUGGACGACAGCAAACCCCUGAAGGUGCGGCUGACGUUCUCCGUCAUCCUGGUGGGCAUCUCGCUGCUCUUUGCAGCCGUAGUGUCGGACCACUGGGCCGUGCUCAGCCCCAAGGUGGAGGAGUUCAACGCCACCUGCGAGGCCGCUCAUUUCGGGCUAUGGCGGCUCUGCACAAAGCGGAUUUACGUGCAGGAGCAAGGCCCCAAGGAGAAGGGCUGCGGGCCCAUCAGCCUGCCAGGAGACCACAACUGCUCCUACUUCAAGCACUUCACUCCAGGAGAGACCUCAGAGAUAUUUGAAGUAACCACCCAGAAAGAAUACAGCAUUUCAGCUGCAGCCAUUGCCAUCUUCAGCGUUGGCUUCGCGAUCAUUGGGACGAUCUGCGUCCUCUUGUCCUUCAGGAAGAAGAGGGACUAUCUGCUGAAACCAGCAUCCAUGUUCUACACCUUUGCAGGUCUCUGCAUCAUCAUCUCCGUGGAGGUGAUGAGGCAGUCGGUGAAGAGGAUGAUCGACAGCGAGGAGACCGUGUGGAUCGAGUACAGCUACUCCUGGUCCUUCGCCUGCGCCUGCGCCGCCUUCGUCCUGCUCUUCGUCUGCGGCAUCGCCCUCCUCCUCAUCGCCCUGCCCCGCUUCCCCCAGAACCCCUGGGAGACCUGCAUGGAUGCAGAGCCCGAGCACUGAUGCUCCCAGCACGGGGAAAAAAAAAAAUAUCCAGAAAGUGUUCUGAAAAGAUUUGUAUUUUUUAAAAUGUCUGGGUCCCACUCUGCAAUGUGCUCUCCAUCAAGUGAGUCAUUACUGAACCAAGGCAUGUUCGAUUGUAAUUAUUGCUUUCCUUUUCUUUUCCUCUCAUUUUAUCCUUUUUUUCCCUCUUUUUCUUUUUUUCUCUCUCUUUUUUUUCUUUUUUUCUUUUUUCUUUCUUCUUUUUUUUUUUUUAUUUUGUUUUGAAGGAAGCAGAAAGAGCACUCAGCACCAUCCUGGGUGUGGGUGAAUGGCACUGCUCUGUGCCAGUUUGGGGUGCCCUGUACUGAUGUAGCUGAGACAGCUCAGGCCACAGAGAACACAGCUUUGCUAGGGAGAUGUUUGGUGUGGUUAGGUGCAGAUUUGUGAGGGAUAUCAGGCUUUUAUACAUUACUGGGUCAGAGAGAGACACUGAGAAACUCUGGCUCCAUGAGGAGUCCGUGUCCUCAUUUGCGCCGUGCUCCUCUCCCUCGCUAAGAAGGGUUAGUUCAUCACUGGAGAUCCUUAUGGUCUUCUAUUAAACUGUUAAAAUUUGAAAUGAAAUCAAGACAGAACUUUGAGUAGCAUUAGGACAAAAAUUUCCCCUCCAAAUUUACACCCUGCAGUUCCAUUCUUUUGAAUCAAGCAUAAAAUCCCACAAGAUAAAGAGGUUUUUUUGUUCUGCUUAAACUUCAGCGGCAAAGCCAAGAAGUAUUAAACAUUAAGAGUGAUAUUUUCCUUUAAUAAAAAGCAUAAUCUUCCAGUA